AUGAAGCUCUUCGCCCGCCUGAGGCGCCACGCGUCGCAGAAGGGCGCCCAAACAAACGAUCGAUCGCGCAGCGCGCACGUCGCGAGGGACGUGCCUCAAGAUUUCUCGUCGAGCGGCUCCGACCGCGCUGAGGGCUCAUCCGCGGGCGCCCCCCCGCCACACACACACCAGGACCAGGAUGCCACUCCUGGCGCCUCCGCGGGCCCGCAUGUGCCGCGUGGCGUCUUCGUGGAGCAGCCCGGUCGCAAGGGCGGCACGUCCUGGUACGCGAUCGGCCACGCGUGCCCGGACUGGCUCGCGCGCACCACCUGGACGGUCGACGCCUUUGAGCCCGUCAGGCAGCUGGGAAAGGGCGCCAAGUCCCGGGUCUGGGAGGCGCGGGACACCGCGACGGGCAACAUGUUCGUUCUCAAGGCGUACGAUCUGAGGAAGGUGACGCCCGCGGAGGCGGUCCAGCUGCAGCGCGAGACGAAGAUCCACGCCACGCUCCCGCCGCACCCCAACGUCGUCACCUUUUACGCGGGCUUCGUCGACGAGCGCGCGUGCUACGUCCUCAUGGAGCGCUGCGGCAACGACCUGUACCACUCCCAGCCCAGCAUGAGCAACUUCUCCGAGGCGCGCGUCGUGCACAACGUCGUCGCGCCGGGCCUCCGCGGCCUGGCGCACCUCCACACCCAUGGGUUCCUGCACCGCGACAUCAAGCCGGAGAACUUCAUCUACGGCCUCGACGGCGUCCUGCGGAUCGCGGACCUCGGCUUCGCGAUCGACACGCGCAAGUACCGCCCCACGACGCGCCUCGGGACGCUCGAGUUCAUGGCGCCCGAAGUCGUCUCCUCGGGGCGCCGGGCCGACGGCUCGGUGCUCCCGCGGCACCAGCGCCCGGGCUACGACUCCACCGCGGACGUCUGGUCCUUCGGCGCGGUCGUCUACGAGGUCCUGGUCGGCAAGUCGCCCUUUGGGCGCAACGACGCCGACCGGACGUCGGCCGCGAUCGCGGCGGGCAAGGUCGUCGUGCCGAUCUGGCUGUCCGAGGAGGCGCGCAGCUUCCUCUCGCUCUGCCUCGAGCGCGACCCCGCGCGCCGCCCCACGGCGCGCGAGCUCCUAGACCACCCGUGGUUGGCGCGGCUCUCGGGGAGCCACGGGGGGCCGCACACGGCGCCGCGGUCCGUGUCGCGGUGGCUGUCGAGCCACGGCGGCGGGCAGGCGAACGACUCGGCCAGCUCGGUGCAGUACGACCCGCAGGGGCAGAAGCAGCCGCCCGCGGCAUGCAGCAGUGUGUCCGAGUCGUUGUUCAAGCGGCGCGCGGCCGUGCCGACGCCGGAGCGGCCCGCGCAGCGGCCUGCGGGCUCGAAGGCGACCGUGCAGGGCUGA